GCCGCAGUCUUGAUGUGACUUUUGUAACGAAAACACAAUGUAAGAAUCAAGUCGCGAAAAUUUAAUUCUUGUUGUGCCUUGUGUUUUCCGCGUGGUUUUAUAUUCCGCCACGCUGAUAACAUUGCUAACAGAAAACAGAAAAAACAUUGACAAUAUUUUAUAUAUAUAUAUACGUAAAUCGAACGGUUUUAGACAUUCUGAUUCGAGUGAAAUGUUUGUUAAUUUUAAGUGAACCGCGAGUAAAAACCUACCGAUAAUGGAUAACGAACGUUAUUUUUCCGCUGCAUCGUACUUAGAAAGAAACACCGACAGUUUGAGGAAGAAAAAGGAAGAAUUCGAACAAAGAAGGAAGGAAUUUUUUACGUCAGUGGUUGGCAGAGACAGAAUGGCCACGGAAUUUCCGUCAGAAAAUGGCGCCAAUGCAGAUUUAGCGACGACGAUGAUGAAUUUGAAAAACAGACCUGGUGCCGUGGCAGUCACAUCUUCACAGUUGCAGACGAACGCGCAAAGUAGUGCCACGAGUAGUCGCGUGUCCAAAACGGUGGUGUCCUCGACCUCUUCGAGCUCUCAACGGGUUCACGUUACCUCAUCUUCAACGACCGACAGGAAGGCAUCUUCCAUGAAAUCCGACCUCAACGAACUCAAAAGUAACAUGAACGAAAUGAAGAGUUUAUCGAAUAUUAACGCUUUAAAACAGAAGUUACGAAGUUCGCUAGAAAACCUAGUGGACAACGAAGAAGAGGACAUGCCUCAGCCUCUUGUGACAUUCCCUGAUUCUGACACCCCUCCCCCGGGAUCGGAGGUUACAUCUCCCGUUAGCAACCUAGACACCCUCAAAUUUGAACAAAGAACUGUUAAUAAUCUUAAGGCGAGUAAGGUGAGAGUGUCUGCACUUUUUUUAUACAGCAUUUUCGGUGAUAUUUUUGACGAAGCUGUUAGAUUAGGAUUACCGGCUGUUCAAACCCAGCAUCCCGGAGUUUAUUACCAACAAGCAGCCCAGUAUGCUAUUCAAAGAAAAAAAUCGUGUCUCGAACUUUGCAAUAACGUCACUGCAUAUCCUACAGCUCCAGAUCCCCUUGAGGGUCUGGACCAUUUAGAAUUCUACGGGCAGAGACCCUGGAGACCUGGAAAACUGAACAUGGACAAUCCGGAUCCCCAAUUGGAGAAAAAAGGAAUCCAGGCUCUGCAGUUUUUGGAAAAACAAGUGGCUCAUUCCAGAAUUAUGUCUGCCCCGUGGCCCGUGAAACGCGGUGUCUUCAGGGAAGGAUCACUUUCCGAUCCAACUCUGCUUUUCCGAAAGCACAAUCUGAUUCCUCCGAAAAUUAGCAUAGACUUUGCGGAAGCACGGUCAUUGAAGACGGGCGAGCUCAGUCAACAAGAGAAGAAAAAUAUGGCGCAUACGAGUAUGAAAGUUACCACAGACACCUUUAGUCAUGAGAAAAUCGCUUCCGAAGCCCAACAACAAAGACAAACAGUGACCGCAAGUGGCGUUUUUAAUCAAGAAAAGCACUCGUCUUCUUCACAGUCAAAUGUGACUUACACUUCGUCCUCGCAGGGCCUACACUCGUCGGCCAGUGCUAUGCUAAAGGCUGUCGGAGCACAAUUUCAGCUAAUGAACGGUAAGCCGGAAGACGACUUACUAAACAUGUCCUUUGACGAUUUGGAGCAGUUGUCGUCAAAUUCUAACGCCCAAGAUGUGGAACGCGCCAUACACAAAUAUUCCACGUACAUGGACAUGUUCAUCAAAAGUCUGAAGAACAACGAUCUGGGUAAAAAGGCCCCGACGAUUCUAAACAAGAUCAACGACAUAAUGCAAAAGGCAUGGGCCGUUCCGACAUACGGCCACGAAUUGGGCUACUCCCUUUGCAACGCUUUACGAAACUGCGGCGGCCUGGACCUUAUUAUGACCAAUUGUACGAACGACGAUAGCGAUUUACAAUUUUCGAGCGCGAAACUUUUAGAACAAUGUCUCACGACCGAGAACAGAGCUCACGUGGUCGCUAACGGUCUGGACAAAGUGGUAAACGUGGCCUGUAGGUGUACGAAACAUUCGAAUUCGGUGAAGCAUUCGCGGGUGGGAACCGGGAUCCUGGAGCACCUCUUCAAGCACAGCGAAGAAACGUGCAGUGAUGUGAUAAGACUCGGAGGUUUGGACGCUUUACUGUUCGAAUGUCGGAAAAGUGACGUGGAAACUUUGAGACACUGUGCCGGUGCUCUGGCCAACUUGAGUUUGUACGGCGGAGCGGAAAACCAGGAAGCCAUGAUCAAGAGGAAAGUACCGAUGUGGCUGUUCCCGUUGGCUUUCCACAAUGACGACAAUAUCAAAUAUUACGCAUGUUUGGCUAUCACUGUGCUGGUAGCGAACGCCGAGAUAGAAGCCGAGGUGCUUCAGUCGGGAACGCUAGGACUUGUUGAGCCUUUCGUCACGUCGCACAAUCCGCUCGAAUUCGCCAAAUCGAACCUUGCUCACGCCCACGGUCAAAGCAAAACGUGGCUGAAACAUCUUGUGCCGGUCCUCAGUUCCAAAAGGGAAGAAGCGCGAAAUCUGGCCGCGUUCCAUUUUUGUAUGGAAGCUGGAAUCAAAAAACAACAGGGAAACACGAAUAUAUUCGCGGAAAUAGGUGCCGUGGAAUCGUUGAAAAAAGUGGCAAGUUGCCCGAACGCCGUUGCCUCGAAAUAUGCCGCACAAGCCUUACGCUUUAUUGGCGAAGAAGUGCCUCACAAACUUAGUCAGCAAGUGCCUUUGUGGUCCACGGAAGACGUAGAAGAAUGGGUCAAACAGAUCGGGUUCUUCGAAUACGCUCCCAACUUCGUCGAGAGCAGGGUCGACGGCGAUCUUCUCCUUCAAUUGACUGAAGAAAACUUACGGGACGAUAUCGGCCUUACGAAUGGAAUUAAAAGAAAAAGAUUCACGCGAGAACUCCAAAACCUGAAAAAGAUGGCCGACUACAGUUCUCGCGACAGUGCGAACAUCAACAGCUUCCUCCAAUCGUUGGGACCCGAAUUUAGUAUUUACACCUACAGUAUGCUCAAUGCUGGUAUCGAGUCUAAAGAAUCUCUACGAAAUUUGGCCGAAGACCAACUCCUCAACGAAUGCGGUAUUGUGAACUCCAUCCAUCGAUUACGAAUAAUGGACAGUAUAAGACAGUUAGAGCACAGAAUGGCCACGUUUAGCGACGAAAACAUGGACAAAUCCCUAGACGUUUUCGUCAGUUACAGACGAUCGAACGGGUCACAGUUGGCCAGUUUGCUCAAAGUUCAUUUGCAACUCCGGGGAUUUACCGUAUUCAUUGACGUCGAAAGGUUAGAAGCUGGCAAAUUUGACAACAAUUUAUUGCAAAGUAUUCAAAAAGCCAAACAUUUUCUACUUGUGUUAACCCCGAACGCUUUGGAGAGGUGCAUAGGAGACUCAGAUAGGAAAGAUUGGGUCCACAGGGAAAUAGUUGCUGCUCUUCAGGCGCAAUGCAACAUCAUCCCAAUUAUUGACAAUUUCCAGUGGCCCGAAGCUGAGGAGCUUCCUGAAGACAUGCGGCAAGUGUGUCAUUUCAACGGAGUCCGAUGGAUUCAUGAUUAUCAAGAUGCGUGCGUGGACAAACUCGAAAGGUUCAUGCGUGGAGAGAUAAAUACACGAGCCGAUGGUCUGAGGGACGGUUGCCGCGUUGGUCUUAACAAAGGGGACAUGACUCCGAGCACUCCGUCCAAUCCCGGGAUGGUACGACAACCGCCCAACUAUCAACGAAUGCACAGUAACGAUUCGGGAAGUGGCAAAGGAUCUGAUAAAGAAACGAACGGAACCUCGGGCUUGGGCAGGGACUGACUAGAUGGUCCCCCAGCCUCGGUUGCCAGCUCACAACUUGCCAGGCUCUACAAAUCAUCGAGUCCGUCCCGUAACUGGCUAAUGACAUCUAACAGACAUCCGAAGGGUUUACCACCACAGUAUCCGGCAAGAAGAGGUUCUAAUACACCGUCGACCGUAACCAAUUCCGUACCAGUCACCCCUAAUCGAUCUCGCAGUUUGGACGGUUUACUUGACGGGGAUGAACCGGUCGCUGCCGUUGUUACAAAAAUUGUCAAAAAUGAACAUAUUCCGUCCGAAGUUCCGCAAAAAUCGCAAAGUUACGAAAACAGCAUCGACUUAAAUUCGGACAGUGUGAUACAGCCGCCUCAAACUACCGAAGAAAGUAAUGACGAGUUUGGUGAAAGAAAAGACGAACAAUCAGCGAUCGAUAAUGAAAUUGUCGAGUGUUUGAACGAACUUAAUACGAGUAUUUCAAAUAAUUCCGAUUUUGAAAAAAACUUAGAUUCCAACGGCACCAAAAAUGGUACGAUAGGUAUUAAUGGUAGUGAUGCGGCCAAACAAAAACCCAAAUUAUUAAAUAGAUGCGUUAGCAAAGUGAGAUCUCUUAUUAAAAAGUGACAUAUGUUUUGUUUGUUUUAGUUGUUUUAUGAAAAGUUUUACGUUUCAAAAUUUAAUUUAUUCAUUUUAUUUCGCAUUAGUGGAUUUUAUUUAUGAUUUUAAAAUUGUUUUUAAUCAAUUCCGCGUCUCGUAAUAAGUUCGGGUUUCCUAAAACUAAAUUCUUUGCCACAUUAUUUUAUGUUUUGCGAAUUUUCUCGUUUUAUCAAAUAUCUCCGUUCUUAUUAAGAGGGCGUAGGAUCGAAUAAAUGUAGAUCAUUUACAUUUAUUGGCACAGGGAGGGUCAACUAAAACAAAUGAAAGUACAAAUGGCAUGCAGCAAUUUUAUUUUCUUUGUUGUAUUAUGAUUUGUGUGAUUUAAAUUUAAGAGCGGUGCAGCUUAUUUAAGUCGUUAUUGUACACAUAUUUUCAUGUGGACCUUAUAUUUUAUUGAAAUGUUACGUGUAUGUAAAAGAAAAGUUCCAUAUUGUAGAAACUGUGGUUUUUACGAUUGAGGGAUUUUUACCCAAACUUUUCCGCCUUGCGACUCUUGUACGGAAAAUCGGAAAAAGUCAUCUAAAUAGUUUCGAAACAGCUUGUUUGAUUUUCAUCGAGCAAGCCCAGUAGGUAUUUUAUUAUACUGACCAUUUAAAUUU